CAGAGGCUCAGACCUGAACACACCUUCAUGGUGACAGGUCUCUCUGGCUGAAGCUCCUACAGGAGAUUUUGCCAGGUUUUUCACGGAAUACAAAAAACUCAUUAGCUUCUUAGACGACAUAUCGGAUGGACGGACAAAGAAACCGACAGAGCAAAAGGACACGACAUAUGCUUCAUAAAGCAAUGAAGAAAAACAAGACCAAAUACAUCACCGACGAAGUUACAAAUAUAAUGACGUGGUUUGUGUCUGAGGUCACAGGCAUAAUAUAUCCAGCAAUAAUUCAAUAUGAAGGAAGAAAAAUCGCUGAGAGAGACAGGGGAGAUCAUGAGGGCAAUGCCAAAAACUUUGUCUUCACAGACAGAAACAGAGCACCCAGCAUAUCACCGGGAUGUAUGAGGAGAGGGAGGAGAAGUAAAAUAACCCCACUGUUGUCUCAACAGGCACCUAGCCAGUCUCCAACAAGAAGGCACCUUGCAAGAAAGCCUUUCUUCCCAUCUCUUAGAAAGGUAUUUCCCAAAGAGGAAGUAGCAAUGCAGGGAGCUUGCAGCAAGCCCCUGACAACCUGCACAAUUGAGCCUCAAACACUGCAGUCACAAACCAGUAUUUAUGCUGAUGCUUUUUUUAGAGAGACAUAUGAUGAACUAAUAAGCAAAUUAGUCCUAUCACAAAUCCCACAUAUUCAGGACAUUCCAAUCCCUGGAAGCAAUCCCUCAUGUAUCACCACAGCUGGAACUGAUUCAAUCCUAAAUAAGCUUUCCAAACAUCAGGCCACAAACCUGCAGCCUUCUGAAGACCAGGGUCUCUCCCCUGACAUAGACACAUUGACGGCCAAAAUUAUUCAUACCAGUUUGUCUGACCUUAGGCAAGAAAGAGCUUCCCAAGUCUCAGUUUAUGCAGACAUGCAAGACAACAACAGUAUUUAUGCUGAUGCUUUUUUUAGAGAGAGAUAUGAUGAACUAAUAAGCAAAUCAGUCCUAUCAGAAAUCCCACAUAUUCAGGACAUUCCAGUCCCUGGAAGCAAUCCCUCAUGUAUCGCCACAGCUGGAGCUGAUUCAAUCCUAAAUAAGCUUUCCAAACAUCAGGCCACAAACCUGCAGCCUUCUGAAGACCAGGGUCUCUCCCCUGACAUAGACACAUUGACGGCCAAAAUUAUUCAUACCAGUUUAUCUGACCUUAUGCAAGAAAGAGCUUCCAAAGUCUCAGUUUCUGCAGACAUGCAAGACAAGAACAGUGUGCCAGCAGAGAGCUUUGGUGGUUUGAUAAGGAGAAAAAUUAAUGGUUGCCAACAGGAAAAAGCAAAGGCACCCUCUUCAGUUCCGAAUAACCCUCAAGAACCUGGAGAAAUUGAUGCUGAAAAGCUUUUAGAAGCUCCUACCAAAAGUAACGCCCGAGGCCACAGUCCCACACCAUCUAUUCUGGGGGUAUGCCACAGAGUUUUGGAAGAUCUGAUCAGCGGGCUUUUAUCUAACAUUCUCCCUGCCACCGCCAGCACAUCUUCCUCUCCAGAAAAUAAAAUGGAUUUUGCAGAAUUUGACUUAAUUCACAUGAAGAUAAUCAGUAAAGUUAAGGCAAAAAUCUCUGAAGAUGAGAACUCUUCUAGCCAGCAUACUGAACAGCCGCACUCCAGGGUGGAGGACAUGAUUCAAACAAUUGCUGAUUCAGUCUACAAUAAGCUUUUGACACAGUUUCAGUCUAGACUCAAUAUGCAGAACUGUCUAAGAAAUGGGUGCAUGGUUAUUUCUGAAGCUCUUUGUGACCUGGUCGUCCAAGAGGUUUCUGGACAUCCACUGCAGAGCUCUCUUUCCGAAGAAUUACUGCUUCACCACUGUGCUGAAGCUGACGAGAUUGCUGAAAAAGUUACUGUAGGAAAUGGUACUGAGCCUUUGCAUAACCCAAACAGUUUAUCAUCAUAUCUUAGUAAGAUAGCUCCUCUCAUCAUAGAAAAACUAGAAGCAAACCUUAUGUCAACACUUUCUUCCCUCUUUCCCUUUGCCGAUUUGGACACAGAAAAGAUGUUGUUACUGAAUGGAGCAACUAGAAAAAUCCUGCAUGCUUUGCAAGCAGUCCUGUCACAACACCAGAUGAACAUGAACAAACAUAUCAAUGAAAAUGAAUUUUUAGGCACUGAAGACAGGCAGGCUAUGGGAGACAUACUCCAUUUGGCUUGCACGAGCACUGGAGACCAUUCUGGCUCUGACAUUUUUGUUUGCGGAAACCUGACAGAUAAGACAGAUAUUUUAGCUAAUAGGAUAGCGGCUUCCAUAGCAAAAGAAGUUGCCAAACCUGAAUUUCAAGGCAGUUCAGAGGGGGAGACUUUGCCUGUUUCAGCUUCAACAACAGAAGCUGUUAGGAUUGUUGAGAAAUCCCCUGCUGAUUUUGGCAGGAUAGAGACAAUGCCAAAGCCUUUUAACCCACCUAUUCUUGUGGUACCCGUGACAUUUGUGGAAGAAGUAUUAAGUCGAUUCCUUGCCAAAGUCUUAAGUUCAACUGACGGCACAAGCCCAAAUUGCAGAAGACAUUUAUCACGAUCCAAAGUGACUGAAAUAGUUGAGGACCUUAAAGAGGCCAUGGAACAAGGCCUGUCCAAACAUCAAAUCAGACUUGUGGCAGCCACAAAUGAACGUUUCCCUCCAGAGCGUGACGAUGCAAUUAAUGAAGUUGUUCUUUCUGUUUCCAGGAAUAUGCUACAAAAAUCUGGAUCUGAGCAAGAACUUUAUGAUGACAUAACAGGUUUUGAUUCAUUUUUUCCUCAAGAAAUGGUUACAGUAAUAAUUGAGGAACUCUCUCAGUGCCCUUUUUUACAGGCUGUGAGUGACAGUCCAGCAACACCAAGCCAAAGUGCAAUGAACCCAGGCAGAAUUGCCGACAGGGUCCUUUCCCAAGUGUCCAUUAGUGACGAGCUGAAGACCUGGAGUUGUGAAGAAACAAUCCCAGGUUCUGAAGAUGCAAGUUCAAUGUCUGAGGCGCAGAGAAAUGACAACAGUUAUUCUUCUCGGGGUAGCACAGGACAACCAGUUGUGAGACCAGGGGAGCUGGAAACGCUGGCUGCAGGCGCUAGCCAGAAUGAACAACUAUCUCCCACAUCAGAAGACAUGGAUGAUGAUACAGGUAUGCAUGAGGAAGUGACGCUGGCUAAGUCAGGUGAUGUACUCGAGGUCACAAGGAAGUCUGUAGCUAAGCCAGGAAGUGAUUCUAGGCCUCCUGAAUCCACAGUCAUUGACCUAGCCAGAGACCAGCAUUUCUGCCCUACCUACCACCUCACAUGUAACACUGCAGGAAAGAGAUAGUUAGGCAGAGGAUCCAGCCAAACUGGUUAUCAGCGCCCCACCCUAACAUGUACCUUCAUAGCACACAGGGUUUAGUCCCUCUGCUUGUAGACUUCAGUUUUGGCUAAGUGCAAUGUCUGAGUGAUAACAAGACUGGAUUAGAAAUCCAGAUGUGUUUCCCUGUACCAAAUCAAAUCCUGUCCACAGGAGAGGCUUGUUUCUUGAGGAAGGACAUUGGACUAAAUGACCUUUGGACACCCUUGCUUUCUUUUUCUAUAUUAAGUGACUGCUCUCUU